AUGGAUUUUGACGACAUGACUUGUUCAACGUCGCCAUUUUCGGCAUCCGAUUUCUCUGCUGAUCUGGCAGUUAUUUUGCUCAAUACCGCUCUCGCAUUUUGGUUGACCCGGAGACUUUUAAAAUCAUUUGGGAAAGCUUUUAUCAGCGCCGGUCUGAAGGGUGUAGAUAUGAAUAAAGCAACGCAGCCCGUACUGUAAGCACUUUUUUUCUAAACUCUUAGACCCGAGGCACAAGGUGUCGUUGCCGCCGCUGUCUAUAUUUCCCUUAUGUUUUUAUUUAUCCCGAUGCCGUUUCGACAACAUAUUCUGGCAGCGUUCGGCAUAUCUUCCCCCGGCAGUGUAUGAUGUCUGCUUUUUGAUCAUUCCUCCCUAGUCACCCUCCUGUGA